AGAGGGGCGGGAGUGGGGAAGGGGCUACGCAGGGAUGAAUCGCCCGAAGCCCGCGGCCGCGCGCCGCCCCAGCGCCGUCGCCAAACCCUCCGGUCACCCGCCUCCGGGAGAUUUCAUCGCCUUGGGUUCAAAAGGCCAGUCCAAUGAAUCGAAAGCAGCCGUCACGCUGCUCAAGCCGGCUUCGGCCGGGUUGCCCUCCGAGCGGAAGCGGGAGGCCGCCUCCGGGCUUGCCAAGCGCCCAAAACUCUCCUCAACGCCCCCUCUCAGUGCCUUGGGACGCUUGGCGGAGGCAGCCGUGGCUGAGAAACGGGCCAUUUCUCCUUCCAUCAAGGAGCCCUCAGUGGUCCCCAUUGAAGUGGCCCCAGCGGUUUUGCUGGAUGAGAUCGAGGCUGCGGAAGCCGAAGGCAACGACGACCGCAUCGAAGGGGUGUUGUGCGGGGCCGUGAAGCAGCUGAAAAUGAACCGGGCAAAGCCUGACACCACCCUAUACUUGAGCCUAAUGUACCUGGCAAAAAUGAAGCCCAACAUCUUUGCCACGGAAGGAGUGAUUGAGGCACUAUGCAGUCUCCUCCGCCGAGACGCGUCCAUCAACUUCAAAGCCAAAGGGAACAGCCUGGUGUCUGUCUUGGCCUGCAACCUCCUCAUGGCGGCAUACGAGGAAGACGAGAACUGGCCUGAGAUCUUUGUCAAGGUUUACAUUGAGGAUUCUCUGGGAGAGCGUAUCUGGGUAGACAGCCCCCACUGCAAGACCUUUGUGGAAAACAUCCAGACAGCCUUCAGCACCAAGAUGCCUCCCAAAAGCAUUUUGCUCCAUGGCGAGGUUGGACGCAGCGGGGGAGACCUGAGCGCUGGGAACAGCCCACACCCCUCUGUGCCUGAAGAGGAGGACAGCCAGAGCGAGCUGCUGAUUGCUGAGGACAAGAUGAGCCCAGAGCAGGAAGGACAGUUGAUGCCCAGGUACGACGACCUGGCCGAGAGCGUGGAGGAAUACGUCCUGGACAUGCUGCGGGAUCAGCUCAACCGGCGUCAGCCCAUGGACAAUGUGUCCCGCAAUCUCUUGCGCCUCCUAACUGCCACCUGUGGCUACAAGGAGAUUCGGCAAAUGGCCGUGCAGAGGCUGGAGAUGUGGCUGCAGAACCCCAAGCUCACCAGACCUGCCCAGGACUUGCUCAUGUCGGUCUGCAUGAACUGCAACACCCACAGCUCCGAGGACGUCGAGGUGGUCUCCAACCUGAUCAAAAUCCGCCUCAAACCCAAAGUGCUUCUCAACCACUACAUGCUGUGUGUCAGGGAGCUGCUGAACGCCCACCGGGACAACUUGGGCACGGUGGUCAAAUCGGUGGUCUUCAACGAGCUUUCAAAUGCCAGGAAUCCCAACAACAUGCAGAUUCUCUACACGGUUUUGCAGCACAGCCCGGAGCUCGCCCCGAAGUUCCUGGCGAUGGUCUUCCAAGACCUGCUGACCAACAAAGACGACUACCUGCGCACCUCGCGGGCCUUGCUGCGGGAGAUCAUCAAGCAGACGAAGCACGAGAUCAACUUCCAGGCUUUCUGCCUCGGUCUCAUGCAGGAGCGGAAGGAGCCUCAGUACGCCGAGAUGGAGUUCAAGGACCGCUUUGUCAUCCACAUCACAGACCUGCUGGCCGUCUCCAUGAUGCUCAGCAUCACUGCCCAGGUGAAGGAAGCCGGCCUCGCGUGGGACAAAGGAGAGAAGAAGAACUUGGAGGUCCUGCGUGCCUUCCAGAACCAGAUUGCAGCCAUCCAGAGGGACGCUGUUUGGUGGCUGCACACGGUGGUUCCCUCCAUCACCAAACUGGCUCCCAAAGAAUACGUCCACUGCCUCCACAAAGUGCUGUUCACAGAGCAGCCAGAGACCUACUACAAAUGGGACAACUGGCCUCCCGAGAGCGACCGCAACUUCUACCUCCGCCUCUGCUCUGAAGUGCCGAUCCUCGAAGACACACUCAUGCGCAUCCUCGUGAUCGGCCUGUCGCGGGAUCUCCCCCUCGGCCCCGCCGAUGCCAUGGAGCUUGCAGACCAUCUGGUGAAGCGGGCGGCAGCUGUGCAGGCAGACGAUCUUGAAGUCUUGAGAGUGGAGAGGAUCCAACUGAUCGAUGCCGUCCUGAACCUGUGCACUUACCACCACCCAGAGAACAUCCAGCUGCCCCCUGGGUACCAGCCUCCAAAUUUAGCCAUCUCUACUCUCUACUGGAAAGCUUGGCCUCUUUUGCUCGUUGUUGCCGCAUUCAACCCCGAAAACAUUGGUCUCGCUGCCUGGGACGAGUACCCCACACUAAAGAUGCUCAUGGAAAUGGCCAUGACUAACAAUUACUCCUACCCUCCUUGCACUCUGACGGACGAAGAGACCCGCACGGAAAUGAUCAGCCGCGAACUUCAGAUCUCGCAGCGGGAGAAGCAAGAAAUCCUCGCUUUCGAGGGCCACCUGGCGGCAGCGUCGACAAAGCAGACCAUCACGGAGAGCAGCAGCCUCUUGCUGUCUCAGCUCACCAGCCUGGAUCCCCAGGGUCCCCCUCGCCGGCCACCUCAGCCUGUCCUGGACCAGGUGAAAAGCUUCAACCAGUCUCUCCGCUUGGGGCACCUCCUCUGCCGCAGCAGACACCCCGACUUCCUGCUCAACAUCAUCCAGAGACAGGCUUCUUCGCAAUCGAUGCCAUGGCUAGCAGACCUGGUUCAGUCCAGUGAGGGCUCCUUGGAUGUUCUCCCGGUGCAGUGCCUUUGUGAAUUCCUUCUGCACGACGCCGCUGACGAAUCCGCCUCUGGCGAGGAGGAAGACGAAGGAGAAAGCAAAGAGCAGCGUGCUAAGAAACGAGAGAGGCAGCAGAAGCAGAGGCAGCUGCUUGGACGCCUCCAGGACCUGCUGUUGGGACCCAAGGCCGACGAGCAGACCACGUGCGAAGUCCUCGACUAUUUCCUGAGGCGCCUCAGCUCCUCCCAGGUGGCCUCGCGGGUGCUGGCCAUGAAGGGCCUGUCUUUGGUGCUUUCAGAAGGAGGACUCCGUGACAGAGAGGAGAAGGACCAUCCUAUGGAGGAAGACUCUGGGGACUCAGAGCUCAUGCAGGGCUACCAGUGGCUCCUACGUGACUUGCCCAAACUGCCCUUGUUUGACAGUGUUAGGGCCGCCACUGCGGUUGCUUUGCAGCAGGCCAUCCACAUGGAGACGGAUCCUCAGACGAUCAGUGCUUACUUGGUUUACCUUUCCCAGCAUGCUCCAGUAGAGGAACAGGGACAGCACAACGACCUCGCACUGGACGUGGCCAGGCUGAUUGUGGAACGGUCCACCAUCAUGUCCCACCUCUUCUCGAAGCUCUCCUACAGCUCAGAGUCGGACGCCGUGCUGGUGGCCCUGCUUUCCAUCUUCUCCCGCUACAUCAAGCGCAUGCGCCAGAGCAAAGAGGGCGAGGAGGUCUACAGCUGGUCGGAGUCCCAAGAUCAGGUAUUCCUCCGCUGGAGCACCGGAGAAACGGCAACAAUGCACAUCCUGGUCGUCCAUGCCAUGGUGAUUUUGCUGACUCUCGGGCCACCUCAAGCCGGGGGUGGGGACUUUUGCACCCUGCUGGACAUCUGGUUCCCCGAGAAGAAGCCCCUCCCCACAGCUUUCCUGGUGGACACAUCGGAAGAGGCGCUUCUCCUCCCAGACUGGCUGAAGCUGCGCAUGAUCCGUUCGGAGGUGCCUCGGUUGGUGGAUGCAGCUCUACAAGACCUGGAGCCUCAGCAGCUGCUGCUAUUUGUUCAAUCCUUUGGCAUCCCCGUCUCCAGCAUGAGCAAGCUUCUACAGUACCUGGACCAGGCUGUCUCCCAUGACCCUCAGACUCUGGAGCAGAAUAUCAUGGACAAAAAUUACAUGGCUCACCUGGUGGAGGUCCAGCAUGAGAGAGGAGCUACUGGCGGACAGACCUUCCACUCGCUGCUCACCACUUCUGUCCCAUCUCGCCGAGACAGCGACGAUUCCCCGCAACCCAAAAGCAGCCUCGAGGCUCCACAGGGGCAGGGCAGGAUCCGCGCUUUGGCCCAGAUCCGAGUUCUCGGUCCAGAGGAUGACUUGGCAGGCAUCCUCCUUCAGCUCUUUCCGUUGACUCCAGAUCCCCGCUGGCAGAACUCGAACCCGCGCCCCCUUGCCUUGGCUCUGCAGCAGGCGCUGGGGCAGGAGCUGGCCCGGCUCCGCCAGGGAAACGACGCCACGCCAGGAACGGCGGUGAAACUCCUGCAGGCGGUGGCUGCCCUGCUGAACUCUCCCCAUGGCGGGGCGCUGGUGAUGGCCAUGCACCGGAACCACGUUGCGUCUUGUCCGCUGAUGCGCCUGCUGUGUCAGUAUCAGCGUUCCGUUCCCCAGGACACGACCUUCUCCUCGCUGUUUUUCAAAGUCCUCAUGCAGAUGUUGCAGUGGCUGGAGAAUCCAGCUGUGGAGGAAGGGCCUCUGCGGACCCAGCUCAAAUCCUUCGCUGUCCAGUAUUCCUCCAGACACCGGAUCAAUGACGUCCGCGGUGGAUUCCUGCACCUCGCCGAGGCUCUGGCGUUCCGCCGGGACGCCGACAUCAUCGGCCCGACCGUGUGCGCCAUCAUCACCACCUUGAAGUCUGGGGAGAAGUAUAACGUGGAGCCUGAGCUGGUCAGCAAAGUCCUUCGAGGCCUGACAGAAACACACUCGCCAUAUCUGGAGGAGCUGCUGGCUUCCCUCUUCUCUGUUACCAUGGAGAUGCCACCCUGCAACCCUGCCACGGGGCCCAUUUCCGUGGUGAGUUCGCUGCUGCUCCAGGAGAAAGAAGAGACCCCCGUGAAGAAAGAAACCGAGAACUGCAGCGCCGAAACCUGCCAGCUGGGGCCUUCCUCUGGCCUGUUCAUCGACUGGCUGGAGAUACUGGACCCCGAAGUGAUCAGCAACUGCCCAGAUCUCCAGCAAAGGCUGCUCUUCUCCUGGAAUAAGGAUAAUGGCUCUUCCGAAUCGGAGCCACCCUCUUUCCGCCCAUACCUUUUGGCUCUCCUGACUCACCAGUCCAGCUGGACCACGCUGCACCGCUGCAUCAAGAUCCUGCUUGGCAAAAGCCGAGAGCACAGAUUUGAUCCAACUGCAUCCUUGGAUUUCCUCUGGGCCUGCAUUCACAUCCCUCGCAUUUGGCAAGGACGCGAUCAGAGGAUACCUCAGAAACGGAGGGAGGAGUUUGUUCUGCGUCUCGAGUCCCCUGAGCUGAUCAGCCUGGUGGAGCUGAUCCUGGCUGAAUCGGAAACCAGGAGCCAGCGCUCCGGAGAGGCCUCCUGCUCCGUCACCCAGUCCCGCCUGCCGCUCCUGCUCAGCUGCUGCCACGGAGAUGUCGAAAGCAUCAAGAAAGUCGCCGAGUACUUGACGGCCUGCAUCCAGCAGUGGGGGAGCAGCUCAAUGGGAAAACAUUGCCAAGAUCUUCUCCUCCAAAUCUAUCUUCAGCUGCCUGAGCUCCUGGUGCCAGUCCCUGGGACCCUGCUUUCCACCGAAGGGGCCACCGACAGCAGCACCUGCAAACUCGACGGCCUCGUCCACCGCUUCAUCACCCUCCUUGCCGACUCCAGCGAUUCCAAGACGAGCGGGAGCCGCCUGUGGGAUGCCAACAUGGCGUGUCGGAAGCUGGCUGUGGCCCACCCCAUCCUCCUCCUCAGGCACCUGCCGAUGAUCGCGGCCCUGCUGCACGGACGGGUCCACCUCAACUUCCAGGAGUUCCGCCAGCAGAACCACCUCACCUUCUUCCUCCACGUCUUGGGCAUCCUGGAGCUCCUGCAGCCGCAGGUCUUCCAGGGCGAACACCAGGAGGCGCUGUGGGACUGCCUCCUCUCCUUCAUCCGCUUGCUUCUGAGCUACCGGAAGUCUUCGCGCCACUUGGCCGCCUUCAUCUCCAAGUUCGUGCAGUUCAUCCACAAGUACAUCACUUCCAACGCCCAGGCAGCUGUCGCCUUCCUGCAGAAGCACUCGGAUCCCCUCCACGACCUCUCGUCGGACAACAGCGACCUGGCGAUGCUGAAGUCUCUCCUGGCUGGCCUGAGCCUGCCCAGCAAGAACGGCACCGCGGACCGAGGGCCUGACGAGGAAAAGGACGAUGAAGUCCCUGGAGCGAGUUCCUUGCCCCUUGUCAGUGUCUCUCUCUUCACUCCUCUCACUCCAGCCGAAAUGGCCCCGUACAUGAAGCGACUGUCCAGAGGUCAGGCUGUGGAGGAUAUCCUGGAGGUGCUGACCGAUAUCGACGAGAUGUCCAGGCGAAGACCAGAAAUCCUUGCCUUCUUUUCCACUCACUUGCAAAGACUGAUGAGCUCUCCCGAGGAAACCUGCCGGAAUCUCGCCUUCUCCCUCGCGCUGCGCUCGAUACAGAACAACCCCAGCAUUGCGGCCGACUUCCUCCCCACGUUCAUGUACUGCCUUGGCAGCCGUGACUUUGAGGUUGUUCAGACAGCUCUGAGAAACCUGGCCGAGUACACCCUCCUUUGCCAAGAGCAUGCCGCCAUUUUGCUGCAGAGGGCCUUCCUGGUGGGGAUGUACGGGCAGGUGGACACCAGCUCCCAGAUCUCGGAAGCCCUGAAGAUUUUGCAUAUGGAAGCCAUGAUAUGAAGAGGGACGUCUGGUGGCUCAGGACUUGCUGGACCGUGCUGGUGGAGAACCCGAGGAGAAGGCACACGCUUGAGUCUGCCUCCUGGCGAGGAGGAGUCCCUGGUACUUCUUACCAGGCAUCUUUCACCAAAAAAGGAGAAAGGUCACUCUGGCUUAAGGGAUGCUGGUAUCUGCUCCACUCCAGCCAUUGAUUAAGGUCAGGGAUGGGGAACCUGUGGCCAUCCAGGUGUUGUCGGACAAAACUCCUAACAUCCCUGACUGUUGACCAUCCCGCCUGGGGCUGAUGGGGGCUGUAGUCCAACGUCUGGAGGGCCACAUGUUCCCCAGCUCUGAUUUAGGCAGAGAGCAAAAUGUCUUGGAAGUCCUGAUUAGAAGCCUUCUUGCCUCUCCAGUGUGGACCAGUGUGGUGAGCACCCCUCUCAUUUGGGGUGGCCAAAAAGUGGGGGUAUCUGUUGGACUCUUCCUGGGGUGCGGUUUUGCCAAAACACCUCCCAGUGCAGCCAACCAGUUCCACAAUAACGACCUGAUAAUGUUUCAUUUUUAAAAAAAUUAAAAAUAGCUGUUUUCCUGUU